CGCAUUAGCAACGAGCCUUCGCUCAGAUACCUUCGCUUCGUUUGGCUUCAGUUCAAUGAGAGACACCGUGACGGUGAGGUCGAGCCUGCCAGCGACCUUCUCUACGUUGCGCCCCUCUGUGCAAGUUUUGUGGGUAUUGCGUCGCGCGUUAUUGUGAGAAAAACUCACGAAGUUGUUCGCCGGACCGCUCGAGGCAGUUUUAUUCGACGCGCGGCCUGGUUCUCGCUUGACUUCUGCGACUACCUGCGACACUGUUUCGUGCCGUUUACCAAGUUAAACGCGACGUUUUACUACGCGACUUGUGCUCUUUACGAUGCUUGAGACGCGCUGAGUAUCAAGGCCUUGGCUUCGGUAAACGCGGACGCUCUCCUGACGGAAAGAAGCGAGGCUCUGCCGAGCGAUAGCUCGACAGAAAAAUUCGGUCGAGCGCCCACGACCGGUUUUCCUUCCUUUGCCUCUCCCUUCGACGAGGGCCCGUUACCUCGGUUACACGUAGAUCGAGGAACGGCAGCUUCUCCCCUACCAUUCCGCGUGCGAAUUUCGCGGCGGAACGCCACGCGCGAAACGCGGAAAACGUCGUCGUGGUACAUGCGCGCGCGAGCGCGCGCGAUCUCGGCCGAUGGUGCAAUGAGCGGGCGAUAGUGUGAGAGUUUUGGAUCCAGUCUCGAGCUCAAAGUCGUGUAUCAAUCAGCCGGAAUGGCAUCCGUCGCCUGGUGGUUGACCGCAGCGGCUGCUAUGCUAUCCUUGACGCUGGCUACGAAGACGGUGGCUCUCGAAGGACCGAACAUCUGCACGCGGAGAGAAACCUAUUCGGUAACGGUGAAAGUCACUGAGAAGGAACCCUACACAGUGAGGGGGUACACGUGGUGUUGGAGGAUUCCGCCGAGGUGUUCCAGCUACAAAAUUGUCUAUAGGACGAUAUUUAAAACAGAGAACUUCACGAAGGAGAGGCCCGUGGAGGAAUGUUGCAAAGGCUACACGAGAACCACAAAUGGCGAUCGUUGCAUUCCAAUCUGCUCCGAGGACUGCCGUCAUGGCACCUGCGUGGCACCCGACUCCUGCAAAUGCGAGUCGGGAUACGGCGGCCCGCUCUGUGACUACCGGUGUCCGUUGGAAAAAUGGGGCAGAGAUUGCGAGAUGAAUUGCAACUGCCAGAACAAUGCCACCUGCGACCCAUUCAACGGCAAAUGCAUGUGCUCGCGCGGCUGGACAGGCGUGCACUGCGAGCAGAAGUGUCCCCCUGACCGCUACGGGCAGAACUGUGCCGAGGAAUGUCGCUGCAGGAACAGCGGUAGCUGCCAUCAUAUCUCCGGCGAGUGCCACUGCGCCUCCGGCUACACUGGACCCCUAUGCGACGAUUUGUGCCCGCGGGGGAAGCACGGCGAGGAAUGCAAGUCCGAGUGCCGCUGUCAGAACGGCGGUUCCUGCAUCCCCACGACCGGCGACUGCGACUGCACGCCCGGAUGGAUGGGUAAGGUUUGUGCGCAUCGUUGCCCGGAAGGUUUCUGGGGUAAGAAUUGUUCUCGUAGCUGCGAUUGCUACAACGAAGCCGGCUGCGAUCACAUCACAGGCGAGUGUCAGUGCAAACCGGGCUUCUACGGUGACAAGUGCCUGAAGAUCUGCCCGGAAGGGACGUUCGGGCUGAAUUGCUCCAAGAAUUGUAGCUGUGAGAACGGCGCUACCUGUUUCCCUGUAAACGGUACCUGCAUCUGCGGUCGAGGCUGGGUAGGCCAGAUGUGCAACUUGCGCGCCUGCGAAGAUGGUCUGUACGGUCUCGGCUGUGCACAAGUGUGCCAAUGUGAGGAGGAAAACGCGGAAUCCUGUCAUCCUUGGACAGGCAAAUGCUCCUGUAAGAUAGGCUGGGAUGGCGAGAACUGCGGCAGGCCGUGUCCACUCUACACGUACGGCAAGAAGUGCCAGAAUCGCUGCUACUGCAAGAACAACGCGCAGUGCUCGCCGGUGGACGGUGCUUGCAUCUGUGCGGCUGGCUACCGCGGCAAGGACUGCAGCGAACUGUGUCCGGCGAACACGUUCGGCGAGGACUGCGCGCAGAAGUGCGCCUGCAAGAACGGCGCCAGCUGCUCGCCCGAGAACGGGCGCUGCAACUGCACGGCUGGAUGGGCCGGUGUACUGUGCGAUCGUCCGUGCGAUGACACGUCCUACGGCAAGGAUUGCGAGAACAAGUGCGAGUGCUUUAACAAUGCUGCCUGCAAUCCGCAAAACGGCACGUGCACGUGUGCGGCUGGUUUCACCGGCAUACUCUGCCAAAAUCGUUGUAAAAAGGGCUUCUUCGGGCAAGGAUGCAAUCAGAGCUGCGACUGCGACGAAGAGAACACCGUGGAUUGCGACCCAGCAACCGGACAUUGCAACUGCAAGCCAGAAUGGCGAGGAGUUCGAUGCGAAACAGAAUGCCCGGAGGGUUUUUACGGUCCCAAUUGCCACUUGCAAUGCGACUGCAUGAACAAUAGCUCGUGCGACCCGACGACCGGCCGUUGCGUCUGCGCCAGGGGCUGGGAAGGAAACGACUGUUCACAACCCUGCAAGGAAGGAUGGUAUGGCCUGGGAUGCAAGCAGAAGUGCCCGCAGAAGAUGAACGGAAACAUGACAUGCGACCACGUUACCGGUCAGUACGUAUGCCGACCAGGAUAUUUGGGUCUCACCUGCGAACAUCCGUGUCCUCCAAAGCGCUUUGGGCUCAACUGCGCGAAUCAUUGCCAUUGCAAGAACGGCGGCGAGUGUCAUCAUGUGACAGGUAUAUGUCAGUGUCCACCAGGCUGGAAAGGAAAGUAUUGCCAGACUCCGUGCGAAGACGGCAUGUACGGAGUGAAUUGCACACAACACUGCAAAUGCCAGAACGGCAGCAAGUGCAGAUCAAACGACGGUUACUGUCGAUGCGCCCCGGGGUGGGCGGGAACGAGAUGUACAGAAAUUUGCCCUGAAGGCUCCUACGGCGAUCACUGUAUGAAAUCGUGCGAGUGCAAGAACGACUUCUUCAUAUGCCAUCCAGCCGAGGGUUGCAUGUGCAGGCACGGAUACACGGGUCCAAACUGCGACGAACAACUGUUCUUCCGAAAUGUUCAGGAACAGGGAGGGGGUGGACCCGGACCUGUCAUACCAGUCGUGUUUGCGACGAUCGUUGUGAUUUGUAUGGUGCUGGCUGGUUGGAUGUAUCAUCGUCGUAGAGUGACUGACUUGAAAAACGAGAUAGCUCAGGUGCAGUAUACGGCCGAUCCGAUACCACCGCCAGAACGAAACCAGUUCGACAACCCGGUCUACGCUUAUCAGGGCUGCUCGAAGUUCGACGACGGCACCACCACGCUGCUGAACAACUUCCACUUCCGGAAUAAUCUUGGUAUCAACAAGAACAUAAACACCGAGAGGGCCAAGCUAGGCAUGAGCAAUUGCACUGACGAUGAAGACGACUGCAAAGGUGCGUUCGGAUUGCAAUACGAUCUAAAGAACAGGGACGCCGAUAUGGGAAAUCCGAACUUGAACGUGUACCACAGCAUCGACGAGAACGACGGCAAGAAGAUCGAGCACGUCUACGAUGAGAUCAAGCAGAACAACGAGUCGGAGUACGACGAAUUGAGCCACCCACGACCCGUCAGCUGGAAAUCGUCGUCGACUUUGAGCAGAUCGACCAACGGCUGCCCGCCGACACCGCGCGACUAUCCGGGGACCAGCAGGGCGGCGGACAAGGACCCUGAACUGGGCGAAACUUAAGGACGUUUCCGCUACGUUUCCUCGAAUUUCUCCGACUGCCCAGGGUUUUGAAGUAGAACGAGCUCAGCGAUCUGGGGAGAGGGAUGAAAUCCCCUCGCCGCAGCUUGCUCGUGGACUGUUCCCCUCGUUUUAAGAUCGAGCAAGCUGCUGUGUAUUCACUUUUCUCUUCGCGAAGGGAUCUCCGACAAGGGACUCAGUGACGUGCGACCUAAAGAGUGUGUUAUCGACAGUGCACGAUGUUAUAUUACCGGAAGAUGCAUCCAUAUUUAAUUAGCAAAAUACGUGCAACAUCUUACAUUAUAAGAAAAUAAUGCCGCGCGUUAUACAUAACAAUAUACACACAUAUAUAUAACAAGCACAGGCUGAGCCAUCUGACGUUAAAUCCUAAAAUAUCUUUGUUGUUUGUUAUAGAAAAGACGACCUUGGAACAAAUGUUCCGCGCUAAUCACAAUGUCCUUUUUACUCACACUAUUUGUUCCUUACACAUUUUCCUUACAAAACAACAUAACAUACAAAACAACAGAGGUAUUUCCGUAUCUAACGUUAAGUGUGACUCACUCUGUAUAUACAUAAAAUAUAAAAGAAUAUAUAUAUACGUUAUAUAAAAAAAGAAAUCCACUUGUGCGCAUUUAUAUCGUGCGUCUAGCAUCUUAUAAACUUUCGAUGGCAGUAUUAAAAAAAAAGAACAAAGAGAAAGGAAACCAAUAUAUCACUUUGCAAGAAUCGCGUCAAGAGGGCGGAGAAAUCUGUAUCGACGAGAUCCUUCGCGUCGAUUGCGAUGCGUUCUCUAAUUUUUCGUUUUCGUUGGAAAUGUAUUUAUCGAUCUCUUCUACCAUUCUCUCGUUUCGUGGUAGAUCGCCUUAUUGCGAUGAUUUCGGAAAGGUGAACACAUCCCCCUUGUACAUACAGACACUGUUUACAAUUGUAGUUGUAACUAUUAAUUUAAUUAUUGCAUGUGUAUAUUUGUUCGAUGCGUAUGCACGUUGCCAAAAAGGUCGUAAGAGCAAUUUGGCGAGCUGAGAGUGGUGAACGAAUGAUAGAGAA